AUGUUGAGAAGCCGUUUGGGACUGUUGACUAGAGGUAGCCUGCGUUGCUAUGGAGCGACUCGAGUGGCUCGUAAUGGUGCCAGAAAAUUGGUGCUGAAGGACAGUAAUAGACCCAUGAGAGUCGAUAGAGAGCUGCCUGACCCCAAUAAGGGGAAAAUGAAACGCAGGGUGCAGUUUCUAGGGUUUGCUGCUGCGAUCGCGGCCGCUUUGACUGUUAUAUUCAACUAUGAAAAGACCGAGUCCCCCGUGGUCUCUAACACGCUGUAUCAUCUACGUAGAUCGCCUGCGACUGCCGAGCUGCUCGGCGAGAACAUCGAGUUCGACGGGUUGGUGCCCUGGGUGUACGGCGAGCUCAAUCAGGUGGCAGGCAAUGUGAACAUCAAAUUCCACAUCAAGGGCAGUAAGAACGCCGGGACCGUUAGACUGGUGGCCGAUAGAGAGACUCCCCUGGAUGAGUUCCUGAUCCACGAGUGGAGUUUGACUGUGGGAGACCAAAAGAUUGACCUCUUGUCAGAGGACGGUGUUAAGACGUUAUGA